UGGGAUUAGAUAACAACACUGAACAAACACCCAGUCAUCAUUCCUAUACUGUACUUACUGGGACUGCCACGUUAGCAUAGGUGUGGCAAACACUUUUUACUACUUGCACAGUUCUAAAAGUAUGGAUUUUUUACCACUUACAUCUUAAGGACAAGUAUAUCACUGCUGCAAUGUGAAAAAUGCAAUAAAAUAUUAAUUGCAACUAGUAAUUGAACAAGAAAAUGGCUUCUGGAGGGGUAGACAGUUUUAGUAUUUUAUGCCGUGACUGCAAUAAGGUAGUUGAGGUUUAUAAUGGUGAUGUUCAGUCAUCAAUGGAAUUACAUCGCAAGAAAAUGCAUUCAUCACCAAAUAAACCAAGACAUGAUUCUCGCCCUGUUUCAAGAGGCAGAGAAAAAUAUGAAAAUAUAGACAAAAGAGAUUAUGAAACUUUUUCCUGCCCAAUUUGCAAAAACAAUGUUAAAAUUUUGAAAAGUAAUUUCAAACGUGGCAUUCAAGAACAUUUUGAAACACAUAAUCAAGUGGAAGUCAAACCUCAGUCAGACGAUCAGUUAUACACUUUCAGUGGAAUCAAAAACUGGAUUGAAAAUUCCAACAUGUCAGAAAAGUCUGCUGAAACCAACAGUAAUCAAAGAAAAAAUAAUCAAAGAAGACAUAAUGUUGAAAGAAACACUCUUAUAUUACCUCCUGAUAUUAGAUCACAAAGAGGUUAUGUUGUUGAGAGAGGAGACAAUUUUUUUUGCAAUAUUUGCUCAAUAACAUUUGAUCCUACAAAUGUUGCUGAACAUCUAAAAACCAAGACUCAUGAAGAUAAUGUCAUUUUGUUUUUGAAAGAAAAACUCCCCAUGCAUCUUCAAAAUUCAAUGGAGUUUAUUUCAUUCUACAACUCAAAUCUGAGUUGCAAUUUGUGUAGAUGUAAAGUUUUUCUGAACUCUUUCAAUCCAUAUGAAACUAUUUUCCAUAUAAUAUCACAUAAUUCUGACAAAAGUCACUCUAGUAAACGGUCAAAAAAUGAGCCCAAUGCACCAGAUGAUGAUGCCUCUUCACUGUUGAAAUCCCUUGCAGAAAAAUACCCAUUAGUAAACAGUAGCAAACACUUGAUUGAAACCUGUAUGGAGCCACAGUUCAAAUGUAAAUUGUGUGAUAAGAAUAUUAUGUACAGUGAUAAGGAAAACAUCCUAGCAAAAAACUUUACCACUCACUUGAAUAGCUCAACACACAAGAAAAGCGAAAAGGCUGAAAGUGUUCUCAAAUCAUUUGAAUCUUUAAAUAUAAAUGGCCAAAGAAAUCACAAGUUUAUUGUAGCAAAUGGCGCAAUAACUUGUGUUGCUUGCAAAAUUAAAACAGAAGCUGACAUCAGCAAGUUAAUAGAUCAUAUUCAAGAAGUGAAUCAAUCAAAACAGAGUAAUCAUGGCCCUAGUUUUACAGGUCACUCAAACCAGUCAGUAAAAAGCCAUCAAUCAGAUAAAUCAUCAGACUCAAGAGCAAAUCAGAAAGGAUCUUUUGUGAGGAAUUUCAAUAAAGACCACAACACACAAUCAAACGCUAACACAGCAAAUUCAAGAGUUAAGAAACCCAAUAUCGGUCACUUGCUUAAGACUUUACAGCAAGAAUUUGGAAACAUUGAAACAAUAAUUCAACACAGCAACGGUAGGAUUACGUGUAUUGUUUGCAACUGCCCAAUACGUCCAACCGAAAAUAACAUCAAAAUGCAUCUUUUAGAAGCCUCCCACAAAGAGAAUGAACAAACAAAAAUGCGGCAAUCAGCAAAAGCAGCUUUGGAUCUUUUGGGAGGAAAUAAUCCACAGAACACAGUUGAACAGCUUUUCCAGUCUCUUCCUCAGAUUUUUCAACAGGACAAACCAUUUAUCAAAGACAGCCCUAUUGAUGGAUAUAUUGUCUGCUCACUUUGUGAAUGUGUGAUCAAUCCUCAUUAUUUUAGCAACCAUCUCGUUGAUGAAAAUCACUUGCGAGAGAAGAAAAAACUGUUUGGAUCAUCAUAAAACCUAAGAAAAUACAGGUAGAAGAUUUAUUUAGAAAUUAUUUAUUCAACUUAAUAGUGUAUAGAAUCAAAGUUAUAAAUCUAAUUUGUUAUACACAUU